CGUUGCGACAAAAAAGAACCGAAAGACGUGCUCGCCUAAAAAACGCUUAAAAAUAGGGCCGUAGACCUGUGAAAAACCGAAAAGUGCAGCACGUAAUCGCCUUUCACCUGUGCCGCUGUUAUAUGUGAUUGAAUCGCGGUGGAAAGUCGAGGAAAAGCCGCGGAAAAUGUGCAUGCAAACGGCGUGUGGCCAGCAAAUUCGCUGCCGAGGCGCACAUAAACUCGACCACCCACACAUACACACUUAGUGUAUAUGAAAAAAGAGUGCAGCAGUCGCAGGUGGAAGUGAGAGAGUAGAAGUGCGAACGAAACAGGAACUCAGUGCCAAAGUAAUACCCAUACUGCACCAGUAUCCCCAAAACAACUGAACAAUCGCGUUACGUAUACGCAACGAGUGCUGUAAACAAGUUAUAGCCAUAACAAUGUCCAAAUACGAUCUGCUUUAUCUAACGGCGCAGCUUAUGCUGGCUUGCUGCCUGCUCGGGAUCGACGGAUCCAUCCUGCCCGAGGGGCACAGCAUGAUCAGCUGCGAGCACUUUGACGAGAAGAUGUGCAACACGAGCCAAUCAUGUGAAACACGGAUUGAACACUGCAAGUUGGAGGCAGACAAGUUUCCGAGCUGCUAUGUCCUCUGGUCGGUCAACGAUACAACGGGCGAGGAGAGAAUCAAGAUGAAGGGCUGCUUCACGGACAUGCACGAGUGCAAUCAGACGGAGUGCGUGACCAGUGCAGAGCCACGACAGGGAAACAUCAACUUCUGCUGCUGCAAGGGAUCGCGCUGCAACUCCAACCAAAAGUAUAUUAAAAGCACGACAGAGGCAACCACGCAAGUGCCCAAGGAGAAGACGCAGGACAGCAGCAAUUUGAUAUACAUCUACAUCUGCACCUCCCUCUUCAGUGUGCUCAUGGUCAUCGUUGGCAUGGCCCUGCUUUUCUAUCGGCGCCGCAAGCAGGCGCACUUUAACGAAAUACCCUCGCACGAAGCGGAGAUUACCAACUCGUCGCCACUGCUGAGCAAACGUCCGAUUCAACUGCUGGAACAGAAGGCCAGUGGCAGGUUCGGUGACGUCUGGCAGGCCAAGUUGCACGGCCAAGACGUGGCCGUGAAAAUUUUCCGAAUGCAGGAGAAGGAGUCCUGGACAACUGAGCACGAUAUCUACAAGCUGCCGCGCAUGCGCCACCCGAACAUCCUCGAGUUCCUCGGCGUGGAGAAGCACAUGGACAAGCCGGAGUACUGGCUGAUCUCCACGUACCAGCACAACGGAUCGCUGUGCGACUACCUCAAGUCGCACACCAUUACCUGGCCAGAGCUGUGCCGCAUUGCCGAGUCCAUGGCCAAUGGCUUGGCCCAUUUGCACGAGGAGAUACCUGGCACAAAGACAGAUGGCCUCAAGCCCUCGAUAGCUCAUCGGGACUUCAAGUCCAAGAACGUGCUGCUUAAGAGCGAUCUGACGGCCUGUAUUGCUGACUUUGGCCUGGCCAUGAUUUUUCAGCCGGGCAAGUCCUGCGGCGAUACACACGGUCAAGUGGGCACUCGUCGCUAUAUGGCCCCCGAGGUGCUCGAGGGUGCCAUCAACUUCAAUCGCGACGCCUUUUUGCGAAUAGACGUGUAUGCCUGCGGUCUGGUGCUCUGGGAAAUGGUCUCCCGGUGUGACUUUGCCGGACCCGUGGGCGAGUUCCAGCUGCCCUUCGAAGCGGAGUUGGGCCAGAGGCCUACGUUGGACGAAGUCCAGGAGAGUGUGGUGAUGAAAAAGCUGCGACCCCGUCUACUAAGCUCCUGGCGCGCCCAUCCGGGUCUUAAUGUGUUCUGCGACACCAUGGAAGAGUGCUGGGACCACGACGCCGAGGCUCGUCUUAGCUCAUCGUGCGUGAUGGAGCGCUUUGCGCAGCUCAACAAGUAUCCCUCGGCCCAGCUUCUGAUCAAGAACCACACCAACAUUGACGACGUCAAGGAGUCGACGAACUGCUUAUAGAAGCGGUAUUAAGCCACAGGCCAGCCAGCGGUACUGUGGCUGCCAGCAAAUCAGUCGAAACCCCUUCGCUUAGCAGUGAAAAGUUUGAUAAGCAAACGCGUUCGUGUGACGUACUGUUUGUAGUUUAAUAGUUUUUAGUACCAUCCUCAGCAGCUAUAGCUCACAUCUAGUAGGAUGGGUCGAUUAAAUAAAAAUAUGUCGUUGAGGCGGUAUAUGUUUGGUGGAUAAUUUGAAACCUUUCUAAGUUUCGUUUUUAAAUUACCAAUCGGCCCAUACCACAUUAAGUCUGAGUCUAAACGUACACUAAGCAAAACUGAACAAAGAACGUUGGACGUGGCUCCAUGUGCACAGAUGUGUUAGUACUCAUCCCACAUUGACUUCAUUGACUGAUAACCGUACAUAGUUAUAUAUAACCAUGCAUAUAACGUACAAUUUGUUUGCCCUCCGGCAGUAGUUUUUGUGCAAAUGUAAAGUGUUGAAAAUUAUUGUCGAGCCUUUUUAAUUAUAAUUUGUAUUGUGCGUUAUUGAAUGCCUCCAUAUAGUAAUAGUUCUACUUAUUCUAUAGGCUUAAAGUUAAUUGCACUUUAACUUGAAUAUUUUAGUUUUAAUUUUAAUUUGUAGACGUAACGUUUUUACUUUGCGCACAAGCGUGAAUGUGUUUUAAUGUGUUGUAUUUUGAAUAAUAAAUACUUUCCAUCUGA